AUGGUCCCAGAGCAAGUCCCCGCCAACCACAGCACCCCGGACUGGGGAUCGGGGCCGCCGUGGGCACCCGGGGGCAGCGGCUGGGUGGCCGCCGCGCUGUGUGUGGUCAUCGCGCUGACGGCGGCGGCCAACUCGCUGCUCAUCGCGCUCAUCUGCGCGCAGCCCGCGCUGCGCAACACCUCCAACUUCUUCCUGGUGUCGCUCUUCACGUCGGACCUGAUGGUGGGGCUGGUGGUGAUGCCGCCCGCCAUGCUGAACGUGCUGUACGGCCGCUGGGUGCUGGCGCGGCGCCUCUGCCUGCUCUGGGCCGCCUUCGACGUGAUGUGCUGCAGCGCCUCCAUCCUUAACCUCUGCCUGAUCAGCCUGGACCGCUACCUGCUCAUCCUCUCGCCGCUGCGCUACAAGCUGCGCAUGACGCCGGCGCGCGCCCUGGCGCUGGUCCUCGGCGCCUGGAGCCUGGCCGCGCUCGCCUCCUUCCUGCCCCUGCUGCUGGGCUGGCACGAGCCGGGCCGCGCGCGGGCACCCGCGCCGGGUCAGUGCCGCUUGCUGGCCAGCCUGCCCUUCGUCCUCGUGGCGUCGGGCCUCACCUUCUUCCUGCCCUCGGGCGCCAUCUGCUUCACCUACAGCAGGAUCUUGCUGGCCGCCCGCAAGCAGGCCGUCCAGGUGGCCUCUCUCACCACUGGUACUGCCGGCCAGGCCUUGGAGACGCUGCAGGUGCCCAGGACCCCAGGCCCCGGGGUGGAGUCAGCUGGCAGCAGGCGUCCAGCCAGCAAGCAUAGCAGGAAGGCCUUGAAGGCCAGCCUGACCCUGGGCGUCCUGCUGGGCAUGUUCCUUGUGACCUGGCUGCCUUUCUUUGUGGCCAACAUAGUCCAGGCCGUGUGCGACUGCAUCUCCCCGGGGCUCUUCGACGUCCUCACGUGGCUGGGCUACUGCAAUAGCACCAUGAACCCCAUCAUCUACCCACUCUUCAUGCGGGACUUCAAGCGGGCCCUGGGCAGGCUCCUGCCGUGUCCCCGCAGCCCCCGGGAGCACCAGCCGGGCCUCGCCUCGCCCUCCGUGCGGACCUCGCACAGCGGCCCACGGCCCGGCCUAAGCCUGCAGCACGUGCUGCCCCUUCCCCUGCCGCCAGACUCGGACUCCGACUCGGGCUCUGGGGGCUUCUCUGGCCCGCGGCUCGCGGCCCAGCUGCUGCUGCCUGGCGAGGCCGCCCGGGAUGCCCCCCCGCCUGCCAGGGCCACUACGGCAGUCAACUUCUUCAGCAUCAAUCGCACAGAGCCCGAGCUGCGUCCGCGUCCGCCUGGGACCCCCACGAACUGAUGCGGGCUUGGAGAGCUGGACUGGAUGGAACCAGGUCCCCCGAGGCCUUGGACCAGCUCUUGGCUAAAACCAGGAGGCUCCAGGUCCUCCGGGGAGCCUUCUGAGCUCCAGUGGGUUGCACUGAGUCAGCACCCCACUGCCCACUGCGGGCCUCCAACCUGGAGGCCUAGUCGCCGGCUUCAGGAGUUUUCUCCAGGAGGCGUCACCGCUGAGUGUAACUGGUGGGUGUGGAGAGCGAGGGUGGAGG